AUGGCGGAGUGCGGCCGGGGGGGCGCCGCCGGCGGGGCCCUGCCCACCUCCCCGGGUCCGGCCCUCGGCUCCAAGGGCGCCCUGAAAGCUGGAGCCGGGGAAGGCGGCGGCGGCGGCGGCGGCGGCGGCGGGGGAGGUCGCCUCGGCCACGGGCGGGCGCGCUAUGACAGCGGCGGGGUUUCCAACGGAGACUGCAGCCUCGGCGUGUCCGGGGACGAAGCCCGAGCCAGCCCCGCCGGGGGACUCCACGGCGCUGCGAUCGCCCCGACCCCCAGCCCGGCCGCCUGCCCCUUCCCCCGGGAAAGCAAACCCGGCGGCCUGCCCCGCCGGAGCAGCAUCAUCAAGGAUGGUACAAAACAGAAAAGAGAAAGGAAGAAGACUGUCUCGUUCAGUAGCAUGCCGACAGAGAAGAAGAUCAGCAGCGCAAGCGAUUGCAUCAAUUCAAUGGUCGAGGGUUCAGAACUCAAAAAGGUUCGCUCCAACUCCAGGAUUUACCAUAGGUAUUUUUUACUGGAUGCUGACAUGCAGAGCCUGAGGUGGGAACCAUCUAAGAAAGAUUCUGAGAAAGCCAAGAUUGAUAUUAAAUCCAUCAAGGAAGUGAGAACAGGAAAAAAUACAGACAUAUUCCGCAGCAAUGGCAUUUCUGACCAGAUAUCUGAAGAUUGUGCAUUUUCAGUCAUUUAUGGAGAGAAUUAUGAGUCACUUGAUUUGGUUGCCAACUCUGCAGAUGUUGCGAACAUCUGGGUUACGGGACUGCGGUACCUAAUUUCUUAUGGAAAACAUACCCUUGAUAUGUUAGAAAGUAGCCAAGACAACAUGAGGACUUCUUGGGUUUCACAAAUGUUUGGUGAAAUUGAUGUAGAUAACCUUGGACAUAUAACUCUGUGUAAUGCUGUGCAGUGUAUCAGAGACCUCAAUCCUGGUUUAAAAACUAGCAAAAUUGAGCUUAAGUUCAAAGAAUUGCACAAAUCCAAGGACAAAGCUGGUACUGAAGUCACAAAGGAAGAAUUUGUUGAGGUUUUCCAUGAGCUUUGUACCAGACCUGAAAUUUAUUUCCUUUUAGUUCAGUUUUCAAGCAAUAAGGAAUUUCUUGAUACCAAGGACCUUAUGAUGUUUCUUGAGGCAGAGCAGGGUGUGGCACAUAUAAACGAGGAAAUCAGCCUUGAAAUUAUUAACAAAUAUGAGCCAUCCAAAGAAGGCCAGGAAAAGGGCUGGCUUUCCAUAGAUGGGUUCACUAAGUACCUUAUGUCCCCUGACUGUUAUAUAUUUGAUCCGGAACAUAAGAAGGUCUGUCAAGAUAUGAAGCAACCUUUGUCUCAUUACUUUAUAAACUCAUCUCAUAAUACAUACUUAAUAGAGGAUCAGUUCCGAGGUCCCUCUGACAUCACGGGAUACAUCCGAGCUCUUAAAAUGGGUUGCCGGAGUGUUGAAUUAGAUGUAUGGGAUGGGCCAGAUAAUGAACCUGUAAUUUACACGGGCCACACCAUGACCUCUCAGAUAGUCUUCCGCAGUGUCAUUGAUAUUAUUAACAAGUAUGCAUUCUUUGCUUCAGAGUAUCCUCUUAUCUUGUGUUUAGAAAAUCACUGUUCUAUUAAACAGCAAAAGGUAAUGGUUCAGCACAUGAAGAAAAUUUUAGGGGACAAGCUCUAUACAACAUCGCCCAAUGUGGAGGAAUCUUACCUACCAUCCCCAGAUGUCCUGAAAGGGAGGAUACUAAUUAAAGCAAAGAAGCUGUCCUCAAAUUGCUCUGGUGUAGAAGGGGAUGUUACUGACGAAGAUGAAGGGGCAGAAAUGUCUCAGAGGAUGGGCAAAGAGAACGUCGAGCAGCCCAACAACGUGCCCUUGAAGCGAUUUCAGCUCUGUAAAGAACUGUCUGAACUGGUGAGCAUCUGUAAGUCUGUUCAGUUCAAAGAAUUUCAGGUAUCAUUUCAGGUUCAGAAGUACUGGGAAGUCUGUUCAUUUAACGAAGUGCUUGCCAGCAAAUACGCCAAUGAAAAUCCAGGGGACUUUGUAAAUUACAACAAACGUUUUCUCGCUAGGGUUUUCCCCAGCCCAAUGCGAAUCGACUCCAGUAACAUGAACCCUCAAGAUUUUUGGAAGUGUGGUUGUCAGAUUGUAGCCAUGAACUUUCAGACCCCAGGCCUGAUGAUGGACCUGAACAUUGGCUGGUUUCGGCAGAACGGAAACUGUGGCUACGUCCUUCGGCCAGCCAUCAUGAGGGAGGAGGUUUCUUUCUUCAGUGCCAACACGAAAGACUCCGUCCCAGGAGUCUCACCGCAGCUUCUUCACAUUAAAAUCAUCAGUGGGCAGAACUUUCCCAAACCCAAAGGGUCAGGUGCCAAAGGAGAUGUGGUGGAUCCUUACGUCUACGUGGAGAUUCACGGAAUCCCUGCCGACUGUGCGGAACAAAGGACAAAAACAGUGCACCAGAAUGGAGAUGCUCCCAUUUUUGAUGAAAGCUUCGAAUUUCAAAUCAACCUACCUGAACUGGCCAUGGUGCGCUUUGUAGUCCUAGAUGAUGACUACAUUGGGGACGAAUUCAUUGGCCAGUACACAAUUCCCUUUGAAUGUUUACAGACAGGCUACCGCCACGUGCCCCUGCAGUCAUUGACUGGAGAGGUCCUAGCGCACGCUUCUUUGUUCGUCCACGUGGCUAUUACUAACCGAAGAGGAGGAGGGAAACCUCAUAAAAGGGGCCUUUCUGUGAGAAAAGGGAAGAAAUCCAGGGAAUAUGCGUCUUUAAGAACACUGUGGAUUAAAACUGUGGAUGAGGUGUUCAAGAAUGCCCAGCCCCCGAUCCGGGAUGCCACGGAUCUGAGAGAGAACAUGCAGAAUGCCGUGGUGUCAUUCAAGGAGCUGUGUGGCCUCUCCUCUGUGGCCAAUCUCAUGCAGUGCAUGUUGGCGGUGUCACCCCGCUUCCUGGGACCUGAUAACACGCCCCUGGUGGUCUUGAAUCUGAGCGAGCAGUAUCCCAUGAUGGAGUUGCAGGGAAUUGUGCCUGAGGUUCUAAAGAAGAUUGUAACAACUUACGACAUGAUGAUCCAGUCCCUCAAGGCCGUGAUUGAAAAUGCAGAUGCUGUGUAUGAGAAGAUUGUACAUUGUCAGAAGGCAGCCAUGGAAUUCCAUGAGCACUUACACAGCAUCGGCACCAAGGAAGGUUUGAAGGAACGAAAGCUACAAAAAGCAGUGGAGAGCUUUACCUGGAAUAUCACCAUCUUAAAGGGACAAGCGGAUCUUUUGAAAUACGCUAAGAACGAGACUUUGGAGAACCUGAAACAAAUCCAUUAUGCUGCUCUUUCAUGUGGGCUGAAUAAACCAGGCACAGAAAAUGCCGACGUUCAGAAGCCGCGCCGGAGCCUGGAAGUCAUACCUGAAAAAGCAAAUGAUGAAACUGGAGAUUGAAGGAAUUUUCUAGAAACCAUUAUGGAGUUUAUAACUCUAGGACCAAUUGUAGUCAAAUGGGACAUUUGCUUUGCACUCACUAAUGAAAAUAAUACUUGGGAUUUUAAAGCACAACUGGAAUAGCUAAUUACAGUCUAUUAAAACUGUGAAUGUAUGUAGCAAUUCUGCGUGUGAAGGCAAAUAAACUCUUUAACAAGAAAUUAUAUUCCUGGCCAAAAUAUGCUAUAUUUGUAUACAAAGACAUCCUAACAGUUCCAGUGUGAACAACAAGACUAUUCGCUCUAGUUCCAUGAGGGAAAAAAAAAAAAUAUAUUUUCCCUGGCUGAAAACAAUUUCUUGAGACAGAAAUGGAUUGUAUUGUCAAAAGUAGUAUUUAUUGGAGAGAAACCUAAUCUACGCCUUUUGUUUAUAGAUGAUUGCCAGAGUCUCUGGGUUAUAGAUGAUUUUGGUGGCAUGCCUGCUGAGCCAUAAUUACUAGGGAGAAUGUAAGUGGACAGAUGCCCCGAGUCCGCAGGGGCCCUGGAGAGCCAUCGAGUACAAGGAGAACAUACAGGACUGAAGCUCCCCGGCUGAAGAUGCACGCUGGGUAGCCAUGCGAUGGAACGGCAACCUGUCUGGAAGCAACACACUGUAAAUAGUUUUUCAUUGUAUGAAGUAGUGUUCACAUUAAAGAGAUGUUUUAUGAUAUUUCUCCAG